AUGAACCUCACCUUGCGCUACGUCGCGCUGGUGCUGGUCACACUUCUCUCGCUGCACUACCUGGCCAGCUACACAUCCACCGCAUAUCACAACCAGGUGGACACGCUGCGCUCUUCAUGGUCCUCUUCUUCGUCGAAAGCUGUCGACCUAAUCGCAUAUGCAAACACGCCCAAAGCCAACGCAACCUUCGUUAUUCUUUGUCGUGAAGGAGAGCUCAAUGGAAUCCUCGCUAGUCUUCAACUGCUCGAGAGCACCUUCAACGAUCGACCACAUCAUCGAUAUCCCUAUGUUUUUUUGAACGACCAACCUUUCUCGGAAAAGUUCAAGCUGCACGUCACCCGAGCCGUCUCGUCGAGCGUCGAAUUCGGCCAAGUGCCCGCAGAGCAUUGGGACAUCCCUUCGAGCAUUGACCUGGGCAAAGCACAGAAAUCAUGGGACCGAGCAAAGAAGACCGGUAUGCCCUACGGAGGCUCCAAGUCGUAUAGGCAAAUGUGCAGGUUUCAGUCUGGUUUCUUUUUCAGACAUCCACUCUUGCUCAGGUACAAGUACUAUUGGAGGGUCGAGCCCGACGUUAAAUACUUUUGCGAUUUGACCGACUACGACCCGUUUCGUUUUAUGCAACAGAACAAGAAAAAGUACGGCUUUGUGCUGGCGAUGCACGAUAUCCCAGGCACGGUUCGAACGCUCUGGGUACAUGUGCGCCAGUGGUAUGAAAAGAAUCCUGGCCUACUCGUUCCCAACAACAUGUUUGGUUUUGUCACUGACAACAACGGACGCGGAUACAACAUGUGCCACUACUGGUCCAACCUAGAGAUCGCUGAUAUGGACUUUUACCGCUCCGAAGCCUAUCUUUCCUACUUUGAUCACCUCGAUCAAGCCGGAGGUUUCUUCUACGAGCGAUGGGGCGAUGCGCCUGUUCAUUCUAUCGCUGCCUCGCUCCUGCUCGACAAAUCCGAGGUGCACUAUUUUGACAACAUCGGCUACCUCCACCAUCCCAUCCUGCAUUGUCCAAAGGUGUCCAAGCAGAACGCAAUCUCGCCGCACACCGGAAAGUCACGAUGCUACUGUGCGCACGAAACGUCGUUUGCUUUUGAUGACGGUCGCCAUUCCUGUCUAUACAACUUUCUCGAGGUCAACGGUAGGAAUUCGACUGCGGCCAGAGAUGAGUUCAGAAAAGCCGACGAUUGA